CUUGAUGCGGUAGUACCAGACACAGUAUAUCGUUAAACAGAAACUCUUCCCUUCCUGGCAAACGUCACUUGAACAUAUGUGAACCUUAUUUUGACCUUCAUACAGGUUGCUAAGUUCGAAUUCUUUGCGCAGUCAUGACUUCAACGAUAGAAAGGCCGAUAUGGGAUGAUGUGGACGAAGCUAUGGUGGAUGAAGUUAUGCGCAUGUCAACUGAAGAGUUAACAAGUAGAGCAAGACUACUUGAUUCCGAAAUUCGUUUUAUGCAAUCUGAGUUAAAACACGUCAAUCAUGAAAUAAACACGAAACAAACAAAAGUUAAGGACAGUAAAAGUAAAAUAAAAAUGAACAAGGCACUCCCCUACUUAGUAGCAACCGUCGUUGAAUUGCUAGAUGUGGAGCCUCAGGAAGAUGAGAUAGAGGAGGGAGCAAACGUUGAUCUUGAUUCUCAGCGUAAGGGAAAAUGUGCAGUUAUAAAGACAAGUACUAGACAAACAUACUUCCUACCGGUCAUUGGUCUUGUACCCCCCGAAGAUUUAAAACCUGGAGACUUAGUUGGAGUACAUAAAGACUCAUACUUGAUACUUGAAAAACUUCCGCCGGAAUUUGACUCUCGAGUAAAGGCUAUGGAAGUUGAUGAACGUCCAACCGAGAGAUAUAGUGACAUUGGUGGGCUUGAUAAACAGAUACAGGAAUUGAUUGAAGCCGUUGUCCUUCCUAUGACGCAUCGUGAUCGUUUCGAGGCACUUGGUAUUCAGCCACCAAAAGGAGUCUUAUUGUAUGGUCCACCAGGUACAGGAAAAACACUGCUGGCCCGUGCAUGUGCAGCUCAGACCAAAUCCACUUUUCUUAAACUUGCUGGUCCUCAGUUAGUGCAAAUGUUUAUUGGAGAUGGAGCUAAACUGGUCAGGGAUGCCUUCCAAUUAGCUAAAGAAAAAGCUCCAGCAAUUAUUUUCAUCGAUGAACUCGACGCCAUCGGAACGAAGCGUUUCAAUAGUGAGAAAGCUGGAGAUCGUGAAGUACAGCGAACAAUGUUGGAACUUCUCAAUCAACUGGAUGGUUUCCAACCAAACCAUGACAUCAAGGUGAUUGCGGCUACAAAUAGAGUAGAUAUAUUAGACCCAGCGCUGUUACGAAGUGGUAGAGUUGAUCGAAAAAUAGAAUUUCCUGCACCAAACGAAGAAGCACGUGCCCGCAUUAUGCAGAUUCACUCUCGGAAGAUGAAUGUACAAAAAGAUGUCAAUUUUGAGGAGCUAGCUCGCUGUACAGAUGACUUUAAUGGAGCUCAGUGCAAAGCUGUAUGUGUGGAAGCAGGUAUGAUUGCGUUGCGUCGAAGUGCGUCAGAAGUAACACAUGAAGAUUACAUGGAUGCCAUUUUGGAAGUUCAAGCUAAGAAGCGCACUAAUCUAAAUUACUAUGCCUAACUACCAUUAGAUUAUUGACAGCGUGCUUUUUAUAUUAAAAUCACAGAUGGUUUUAAAGUAUACUGACUGGUGUACCGUCAUCACAGUACUUUGUGUUACGAGCAGCUGUUCGUGAUCCUCCAUUAUUUGUUAAAAUAUACCUUGUAUUUAUUUCACUUCAGGACGAUGUGGUGUUCUAUUUAUCAACCUGAUUGAUGCUGUUCAAUUGUUUUUCUUUGUUUUAUCAUCACUGUUGGUGUGAUAACUAAUUUGUUUUUCCCUUUAUGAUGUCAACGCCAUCAUCUUAUCUUUACGUAUUCUUAGGACAAUAAUUUUAACUGAUUUGGAGUUGUGCCAUCAUGUUUUAGAUCGAACCAGAGGCUCGUACGCGUUCUAACUACUUCGUUAACCUAGUAAUAUAACUAAUUAUUACGCAGCGAUGUAUCGAGUUAAGGUUUCCAAUGACACCUUUAAUCAAGCAGUGAAAUAUGCCAAAACGAUUAAAAUAUGACAAAAGGUGUGACUUAUAUUUCAAUUUACUGUUAUAUGAAGCACUCAUGAAUAUAUUGGCGUUUACAUAUAACAUAACAGAAACAUCAUUCAAGGGUUCACAAUUGUCUGCUAAAAUUUAGGAUUCGAAUUCGAGUUACAUGCAAAACGAAAGGCAUUCAGUUUAUUGGUAAAAUAAAUUUUAGCAUAAAACUGUUUUGAAGCAUCUUUCUUCUAAGUAAAUGUACAAUACAUAUAUUUACAGAAAAAUCUUACUGUUUAGCAGUCUCGUUUGAUAUUUUGGAGAUUUCGGAGACCCUUAAAACAAUGUUAGAAAUAACCAGAUAACUUACUUCUAGAAACAACUUUAUCUGAGCUUUUAUAGAAUUAGCUCUUUUCUUGUACAUAUCGGCACGCCCGUUCAGGAUAGAGAUGCGCGAAUCAAUGAUAUUUAAGGCUUCAGCAUGACUGCACUCAAGGUAAAAUCCUAGGCCAAUGUCAACUGCAAUAGGUUCA